UAUAUAUAUAUAUAUAUACCAUUGACCUCUUUUCCAUUUGGAAAACACAAUUCAAACUUCACCUCUUCAACAUUUGCUCUCUCUCUCUCUCUUCCAAAAUCAAUGGGAGAAUACACAGGUGUCCGCUGCCACCGAGAAGAAGAAGAAGUAGAAGAAGAGGAAGAAGAAGAGGCACUCUCUCUUUGCGACCUUCCACUAGAAGAUGACAAUAGAGAAAUGAUUUCAAAUAUGUCCACCCACAGUCGAAGAACAUCCUCAGAGCCGUCUGAAUUCUUCGAGUUCUUCAGCGACCUCAGCUCCGAGAUGUGCUCAGCUGAUGACGUCAUCUUCUGCGGCAAGCUUGUACCCUUAAAUAAAGACCUCUCCCCUCCAAUCCAAACCCUCAAAACUCACCCUCAUCAAGACAAACGGCGCAAUUCCUUUUGCCGCCGAUCUGAGUCUCUUUCUGGGUUGCAUAGCUCUGUUUCUCGUUCAAAUAGUAUCAAUGCUACCAAACUCAUGAUGAGAAAUAGUCGCUCUCUUGAUUACCGUAAACUUGAGAGGUUUUCCACCUCUAGAACUUCACCGGAAUCCUAUAAAACUAUUGACCGGAACUCCUCCGUAAGAAGUAUUGGAAAAGUUGAUGGAAUGGUUAAAAAGGCGGCGAAGCCAAGAUGGUACGUGCUUAUGUUUGGAGUGGUGAAGCCUCCUACAGAGAUGGAGCUAAGAGAUAUAAAAAGCCGUCAGGUUCGACGGAAUUCUUCAACUAUGAUGUUUCCGCCACCUCUUUCCGAUACCGUGAAGAAGCCUCCGGUUGGCAAGGGCUCUAGUAAGCUUCUCAGAGUAUUGAGCUGCAGGGAUCACGCCAGCGUUGCAGUAACGACGUCGUUUUACAUACCCCCGGCAUAAAAGACACAGUUGGUAGUUUUUUCUUUUGUUUUUUUUUUUUGAUAAACAAGCACUUUAUGGGGAAAAACAAUACACAUUGAAGGGUAUUGGACAUGUUCUAUGAAGAAAAGAAGAUGCCGAAAGAGACAAUUCUGCUGCAAGAUAAAACUAGAUAUGCAAUCCGAUCAGUGAUCACCAGGGAGGCUCUUCGUGAUAUCAGAAUCACCUGGGUCAAUAUUUCUCAAGCAAGAAAACACGGAAAUACUUGCCACUAGCAGUUUCCAAGUUAAUAUUGUUUCCAUUGUAAUGGUCGACGCCGACCUUUGCAAGCAUGUCAUAUUACUCAAUCUCCGAUUUUCUGAGCGGUGGGCAAUUGUUUGAAAUUAUAAUAGGUUUGCCUUCAGAAUUCCUGAGAGAGCGAAGCACGGUUUUGUAGCAGAGAGUGAAAUUUCCGCUCUUCAUCACCAGAGCGAGCUUGUUGUUGAUGCUCUCAUGGGUCUUUUUAGCUUUCUUGCCAACAGCUAGCCAUUUUCGCAGUGGAUUAAAGCUGAUAUCUUUGAGUUGAUUAGGGAUUUGCUUCAGUGGGAGUCCCGCCGCCGAAACCCCACAAUUCUAGGCUGCCGUAUAACUACUCGCGGUUGAGACACAGUUGAUAGUUGUCACGUGCCAUGGACGUGCGCGCAUGUGAUUUUAUGGACAAUCUUGUCCCUAUAAGAGUUUGAUGGUGGCUUGAAGUCAGAGGGGUAAAUAGGUCAGAAAGUAGAUAUUUUAUUAUAGAUUGAAAGGGUAAAAAAGACAAAAUAUUGCUUCGACCUAGAAGGGAGGAUGAUAGGGUACACCGACGGAACAUGGCUUAUAAUGUUCCCCUUUAGUGGAUGAAAAUUAAAAUUUUUUAAUAUAUAUUUUAUUUAAUUUGUUGUGUGGUUA